ACCCCCAUGCCCUCCAAUGAGCGGAAUGUGUUAGGCCACACGAGUUGCCAACAUCAUUUGUUGCUUCACUCCAUUCUGGACUCUUACAGAACAAAUACAGUUUAACGUGAUAACCUACAGUUUUACAGGAUAUAAGGGGUUUCUGUUACAUUAAACUAAAGCUGUGGUCCUGCACUUGGUGAACAAGAUCUAGUGAACUGUUAAGAAGAUGCGGUUCUCCAGCUGAUCUGACAGAAAUGAACCAGGAUCCUGAGGAGCAGAGUCCUGCUGCAGACAGCCGAACGCUGGCUUGCACGAAAUCAUGUUCAGAAACGAUUCAGAGAAAACUCAACUGGUCACGGAGAAAGGCACCAUGUAUAGCAUCACCAUGGAAAGUGUGUCCACAGAUGGGAUAAUGCAGAAGGAGAAGGACAGCAACAUCAAGCAUUGCCAUGACAACAGCCAAGCUACGGAGGACAGGGAGCGGGAGAAGCAGUUGGCCAGGAAGAGGCUCUACGUGGUCUCGGCUGUCUGCUUGGUCUUCAUGAUCGGAGAGAUCCUGGGUGGUUACUUUGCGGGGAGUCUGGCAGUGAUGACAGACGCCGCCCACCUGCUGGUAGACUUCGCCAGCUUCAUCAUCAGCCUGGUGUCUCUAUGGCUCUCGUCCAGACCCGCCACACGCACACUCAGCUAUGGCUGGCAUCGUGCAGAGAUCUUGGGUGCUCUCCUCUCGGUGGUGACCAUCUGGCUGGUGACAGGUGUGCUGGUUUACCUGGCUGUGCAGCGCCUCAUCAGCGAUAAUUAUGAGAUCGAGGGGACCAUCAUGCUCAUUACUUCAGGCUGCGCUGUGCUGGCAAACAUCAUUAUGGCUUUCACCUUGCACCAGUCUGGGCAUGGGCACAGCCACGGGGGCCUCAGCAGUGGGCACGGCCACAGCCACAGCACUAACGACAAGAGCAAGCAUGGGCACAGCCACAAGAGCAGCCACUCGCACAGUAACGGUAACCAAGAAAACCAUUCCCAUGGAAAUGGCGACGUGGAGCAGCACAAUGGGGUGGACGGUCAGCAGCAGAAGUCGGCGGGGUCACGACCUCAGGCCAACGCCAGCGUGCGCGCUGCCUUCGUGCAUGUCGUGGGAGACCUGCUCCAGAGCAUCAGCGUGCUGGUCAGCGCCAUCAUCAUCUUCUUUAAGCCUGAGUAUAAGAUAGCUGACCCGAUCUGUACGUUCCUGUUUUCCAUGUUUGUCCUGGGAACCACCAUCACCAUUAUGAGAGACAUCCUGCUUGUCCUCAUGGAAGGUACCCCAGCUGGAGUGAAGCACGGUGAGGUGAGGGAUCGGCUGCUGGCAGUGAAGGGGGUGAAGUCUGUCCAUAGCCUCCAUAUCUGGGCCCUGACUAUGAACCAGACGGUGCUCUCAGCCCACGUGGCUAUAGAUGACAUAGUGGAUGCCCAGCCAGUCCUAAGGGAGAUGACCCAAACCUGCUUCUCCAACUACAACUUUCAUUCAGUCACCUUACAGCUGGAACAGCAGGCCGACCAGAAGCCUGGGUGUAGUCUGUGUGAGGACCCCAAAAUGUAGACACCUGUUUAAGCCCAUGGGAGAGGCCAGGAGCCCAGAGGAAUGAGGCUAAGUUAAGCUACCUAACCAGGAUUUAGUUGUAGCCUGGACACACCCUUUUGGCAAGUGGACCAGGAACAUAUUGGAACUGAUUUCUCGCACCUCACAUUUGUACCGCUAGAGUUCCUGCACAUUUGAUAGAAUGCGGUCUAAAAUAUUGCGGCGUUGUGGCACCUUAAUAUAAACAGCACUCCAAAUAGAAUAGAACACAACUUUUUUUGACUCUAUGUUACAGCGAACAACUUGCAGUGCAGUGUCUCUCUGGAGGAGUACCGGCACAUAUUUCAGUCCACUUCAGGCUCUGCUUUUGGCUGAUCAAUCAUGGAUAUUGGACCAGAGGGGUAUACUACAAAGCAGGUUCAAUGUUUUAGGGCUCUAUUUUCAGCUGGCGUUAAGGAGGCGCUAGUGUCAUACGCAAGUUAGUUUGCAAUUUCGUCACAAUUUAGACGUCUAACAUCAGCAUGCUUAUGCUCAGAUGGGAGGAGUGUAAAUAUUUUAGGCGUGCCCUUAAAAACAUGAUCCAAAGUACUAAUUUCAGCCGGCACUGGCAGGGAUAUUUAAGACCGAUCAAAAGCUGGUUUUAAUGGUAACGCAGUUGGUUAUGGUAUGAAUUUUGACAGCUGAAACACAGCCUAUCCAGCCGUGACGCGCACACUGCCCACAUGAACAUGGAACAAGAUGUGAUUUGGUACCUGUAUACUUCGUAUUGAGAAACAUAAAACGUUUGUGUUUUUCCCCCAUUUUAUUUGAUUAAAAACCAAGCAUAGCCUCCCCUCUCAAUGAAGGCUGUUUUCUUUUUGUCCUGACCAAUGUAAUCAAGUAGGCUAGACAAGACCGUCGAUAAAGGGUUUGGCUCGUGAGACCGCUUGGAAAUAAAUCUUAAUCACCCAAGCUUUAUUAAAAUACUGUAUCAAGUUUGAAAGGAGCAAAACAGUGAGCUGACAUUCCCUUUUUAUCUGUGCAUUGUAGGCAGGCCUACAUUAUUUUAGCCAUGCUUUGGACGUAUGUAAGACUCCCUCCUUGAUGUAGGCUACAUGUGUCCAUGUCCAUCGUGAAAGGAGAGAUGAGAACCUCUGUGAAUACCGGUGAACAUUGUAUUUAGAAGUUAUUUUCAUGUAACAAUUGCUUGUUUUCCAUUUCAACUUUAAAAAAAAAAUCCAAGCCCUCCACAGACUACCCUUACCCUAGAACUACUAUAGCGAAGGCUGCUUCAACAGCAAUGCGUUGUGUUUUUUUUUUUUAUGAUGGUGAUUUUGUGAUAUCAUUACAUUUGACAUGCAUUUAUUGUUGAAAAAAAAUAAAACAGAUUUCUUGCUUUUUGUUUAAUUUUAUUAAAACAAACUCAUUAUAAUUUUCAGUGUGAAUUUAAUCUUUCUUAUUGACAACAUUUGGCAUGUCCAUGCUCAGCCAUAAUGCAAUUUACAGUAGGCCUAGCCCCUAAAUCAGUGCGAAUGCUAUUGAAGCAACAAUGUGGACUGCUAACAGGUUCAAGUUUAGCAAAUACGGGAUCUACAUUUAGUUAUUUUCUUUCUGUAAGCUGUUUAACAAACUAUAGUGGACUAACAUUGGAAUUUGAGUUGAUCCCAAGAUAAUAUAUACAAGACUGUAUAUACACAAAUUGAAGCAACCACAUAUUUAGCCAUGGAGCACGUUCUGAUUGGCCAGUGAGGGGGUCAAGCCUCAACACACCCACAACUUAUUUAUUCAUCAAAUCCCAGCCCUUUUGAGCCACCGCCAGCAACUGCGCAAAUAGUUGUGGUUGUAAAAAUAGCAAAAAUAUUUUGGACACAUCCUCGAACCUAUAGCGCUACUGCCAACGCUUAGAUUGACGAUUGCGUUAGGUUUGUUAAGAUAGAGUUAAUUUCCCGCAAUUCUAUACAUUCUGCCAUGGGGUGUAGAGAAGAUUUAGCAAUUUUAUAACACAUUUCUUGCAAUUCUACUCAUUUUGUCAUGGGGUGGAGAGGAAAUGUAGCAGUUUUACAGCGACACAUUUUGCCAUUGGUUGGAGAGUUUUUAAUAAUUCGACCAUGAUUACAAGUUUAGAUCAUUUACCCCCCCCCCCCCCCAAUUGACUCAACAACCAACCAAAAACACAUAUCUAAGAAAUGAACCAGGAAAAUCAAUAAGUUAUUUGGGGUUGUUUAUCAAAGAUAGCUGGCUAACUCACUGAUCCUGCUUUGUAUUUUACCCCUUUUGUUGUGGUUAGUUUGUUUAUCUCUGAAAGCUGAGGUGGUCAUUCUAUAGUCACAAGAAAGUGCCUCUGUGCCAACAUUCCCAAAGAAGUAAAGAUUGAAGAGAUCAGGGAUGGGGUGCCAUAGCUGAUCACAGGCUUGAAAGUGUUGCACCAUGAAUUAUAUUUAUAUAUGUUUUUGUCUUACUGUAAGUCCACAUAUUAAAAUGUAAUUUGAGUGCUUAA